CAGUACGUUCACGCACAACAGCCAAGGGACGUAUUUAUCAUCGCAAACAACAGUGGGUCCAGCCAGUCGAGAACCGGACCGUCUCGUAUUAGGAGACUCCAGCCCAUGGGGAAUACUACUGUCUGUUGACAAUUGCUUAUACAAAUACUAAUAUUUAUUGGUAGUAUAAGACGUCCGCUGAAGAAAAAAAAAGACAUACCGUCAGAAUUACUUUUUCACCAGGACCAGGAUAAUGCUGAUGGUUAGGAAUGCACCGAGACGAAGCGCCAACAACCAAUCCGGAGCACUCUACCAGGGCCUCAGUAUGGCUCGGGAACUCGGCUUGCCGGAGAACCAACUACGAGCUGCCAGAGUUCAGAACAUUCCCGAUGAAAUCAAAGCCUUACCCUACUUCUAUGCAAAAUUUGGUGACAGCAAAAUUGCGCAAAGAUACGUCGAGGAACAUGCGCAGGGGCCCGGUUACUACCUGUUACGGCUCAGCUCGAAGGGAGAUAACUACUUGUCUCUCACAGUCAGCAUCGAUACAAACUCUGUCCGCCAUGUUAACGUUGUGAUUGAACGGACCCCAACCAUGAAGUACUACAUCGUGGAGCAGCUAAAAUUCAACACCUUCCAAGAUCUGUGCAAAAACUACAGCAGUCAGCGGAUCCGGAACCUGGAACAGAUAGACAACGUCAGACUCCUCCACCCAAUCAUCCACGGAGCUGAAUCCAAGGAAGCCUAUGCACCCCUCCAAACCGGAAUGCCCAUCACCACAAGGAGGUACUCUGACAACAGUAUUCCUAAGACACCCGAUGCUGGAAAACUGACUCCACAGUUCGACUUCGGAGGAUUGGGAGGAAGGUACAUGGAUACAAGUCAACAGUCAACCAUCUCUCGAGCUCUAUCUAGGAGACGGUCGGCAAGCAAUGCAACUCGUCCUCUACCGCAACCACCCAAGACCGGAAGCCAGGGUCGUCCCCCUUGUCCUCCUCCUCCAGGGUCCGGAUCCAACACAGAGACGUACUACUCGUCCCCGCGGGAUGAGGACAAAAACAGGAUGGACGAACUCCGAGAUGGAUUAAAGGAUACAGACCUGUGUGAGUGUGGCGUGCCUCUUUGUGAUUCCCAGCUGCCUCAAGGAUGGACUCUGCAUAAGAGCAACGACCCUAUCUCGUACGGAUGCCUCUUUUACCAGAAUGAUGAAGGAGAAACAACAUGGGUUCUUCCUCUCUACAUAGUGCCUGGGAUCACUGCGAAGAUGAAGAAUGUGAUCAUCAAGUUGAGUAACCAGAGCGGGAACCCUCCCCCGGCGGUGCUGUUCCCGCCGUACCAGGGUCAGGCGAGGGCACGAGGUGAAGGUCAGUGGAAUGGACCGGAGUCUAUUAAUCAUGGUUCCUGCAGGGAAUCGACGAAAUUGAGUGAGGAUGAAUAGAUCCAAAGAUGCUCCCUCUUCUGUCGGCUCAAGCAUACAAUUGCUGCUGCAUGUCCACUAUGAAAACAUCAGGCCAGGUCACGUUAGAGGAUCUGCUGUAACGCAGAGUGCCAUUUGUAUGUUAAAUUGGUACCAGACGCAAAGUGUUUCUCUUGUUGGAAUCUCUUUGUCAAGGAUCAUUCAACAUGGAGGACUUCUAAGGUAUGAAUCUCUGUCAUGUCGGUGGAUUGGGCGUGAUUGAGAGUGACAUUUUCAUGUUAAAGGGUCAUUCAUCGCUAAGGUCUCCUAAAAUAUGAAUCACUGACAUGUCGUGGAUUGGGCGUGACUGAGAGUGACAUUUCUAUGUUAAAGAAUCAUUCUUCACUAAGGGCUUCUAAGAUAUGACUCUCUCUCAUGUCGUGGAUUGGGCGUGACUGAGAGUGACAUUUCUAUGUUAAAGGAUCAUUCGCCACAAAGGGCUUCUAAGAUAUGACUCUCUGUCAUGUCAGUGAAUUGGGCGUGACUGAGAGUGGCAUUUCUAUGUUAAAGGAUCAUUCGUCACUAGAGCUUCUAAGAUAUGAAUCUCUAUCAUAUCGGUGGAUUGGGCGUGACUGAGUGUGACAUUUCUAUGUUAAAGGGUUAUUCACCACUUAGGGCUCUUAAGAUAUGAAUCACUGUCAUGUCAGUGGAUUGGGCGUGUCUGAGAGUGACAUUUCUAUGUUAAAGGGUCAUUCGCCACUUAAGGCUUCUAAGAUAUGAAUCACUGUCAUGUCAGUGGAUUGGGCGUGACUGAGAGUGACAUUUCUAUGUUAAAGGAUCAUUCGUCACUAGGGCUUCUAAGAUAUGAAUCUCUAUCAUGUCAGUGGAUUGGGCGUGACUGAGAGUGACAUUUCUAUGUUAAAGGGUUAUUCACCACUUAAGGCUCCUAAGAUAUGAAUCACUGUUAUGUCAGUGGAUUGGACGUGACUGAGAGUGACAUUUCUAUGUUAAAGGGUUAUUCACCACUUAAGGCUCCUAAGAUAUGAAUCACUGUUAUGUCGGUGGAUUGGGCGUGUCUGAGAGUGACAUUUCUAUGUUAAAGGAUCAUUCGUCACUAGGGCUUCUAAGAUAUGAAUCUCUAUCAUGUCGGUGGAUUGGGCGUGACUGAGAGUGACAUUUCUAUGUUAAAGGGUUAUUCACCACUUAAGGCUCUUAAGAUAUGAAUCACUGUCAUGUCAGUGGAUUGGGCGUGUCUGAGAGUGACAUUUCUAUGUUAAAGGGUCAUUCGCCACUAAGGGCUUCUUAGAUAUGAAUCACUGUCAUGUCAGUGGAUUGGGCGUGUCUGAGAGUGACAUUUCUAUAUUAAAUGGUCAUUCGUCACUAGGGCUUCUAAGAUAUGAGUCUCUAUCAUGUCAGUGGAUUGGGCGUGUCUGAGAGUGACAUUUCUAUGUUAAAGGGUCAUUCGCCACUAAGGGCUUCUAAGAUAUGACUCUCUGUCAUGUCAGUGGAUUGGGCGUGUCUAAGAGCGACAUUUCUAUGUUAAAGGGUCAUUGGUCACUAGGGCUUCUAAGAUAUGAGUCACGGUGAUGUCGGUGGAUUGGGAGUCACUCAAGGAAACUUGGAGUUAAAUGGCUAUCCAUCACUGAGUGAUUCUCUGAUUUGAAGCUCAUUCCCAGAAAAAAAGAAAUCACCAAUGAGACGCCAGCUCGGCCAAUUUCCGAUGAGACACAAGCGACAGUAUACCAAACACAGAAGGACGUCGUAUGAUUCAUUGACAGUGACACUGACCAAUGUUGGCAUUUCAGAAUUGAGGAAUAUUUCCAGAAGUUUCGGGUAUUACUUUUUGUAUGGAAACAGGACAAUAACUGCUCAAUGAUGUGUAUUUCACACGCCAAUGAUAUAUUGAUAUUUUGUAUAUGUUACUUGUCUUCUGAGAUCACCAUUUAAGACUGCUGUUGCCUUAGAAUCUCACAAUCUAUAACUGAAGGUCAAAGCUAUGUCUAAUACACAUCAUAAUUCAUUUAAGUCAUACUGCGGUCCAACUAUUCCUACCAGGCUUCGUAUUCGUAUAUUGGUUUAAUAUUGGGAUCAGAACGCCAUGUGAUGCUGCAGUAUAAGUACGACUUCAGCUGAUAGUCAGGGUGACUGAGAUGAGUGAGUUUAGUUUUACGCCGCACUCAGCAAUAUUCCUGCUAUAUGACGGCGGUCUGUAAAUAAUCGAGUCUGGACCAGACAAUCCAGUGAUCAACAGCAUGAGCAUCGAUCUGCGCAAUUGGGAACCGAUGACGUGUCAACCAAGUCAGCGAGUCUGACUACCCGAUCUUUCGACUAAGAUGAAGGGUUGAGAACUUUGUGAGAAAAUUCCGUUUAUUGACAGUCAUUUUGGGGAUUAUGUAAAUUAAGGAGUUUGUUUUUAGCUAUUGGUACUUCUCAAUUGCAAGGCUUUUGAAAAGAUAUUCUUAGAAAAAUGAUUACACAAUAGCUGUUUAUAUUAUACAAACGUUUGUGAUUAGAUCUUCAGAAUGAAUGAAUGAAUGAAUGAAUGGAUGGGUGGGUGAAUGAAUGAAUGAAUGAAUGAAUGAAUGAAUGAAUGAAUGAAUGAAUAAAUGAAUGAAUUGAAACUCAAUGUUUUUGUCCAUUCAUUCGUCAUGGAAAUCCUAUAUGACCACACGAUCAUAUCACCCAGCACCGGGACUGGACUUUUUAUGCAGUUUAUUUAUGAUCCGCAUGUGCGUUUCACUAUUAAUUUAGUUUCAUAUGAAACAAGUACAGUCGAAAAGGUAUUUCUCGGGAAAAUGUGUAUGAUAGCACUUGUAAAUAUUUCCUUGUUUCAUGGAGGAGAGGGGGGUGGGGGUUAUCAGAUGGCCACAGGACAUGGAAAUACAUGUGACAUGUCCCUCAGACAUUGUGCAGUUUCCUGUGUAACAUACCAUACACUGCUGACAAUAGUUUCACGAUGUUUCACUGGCUGCAGGGCCGCAUCUUGAACUUUAUAAAUCCUUACAGUUUUGACAAUAUAAAUGGUCACCGCGAGGCAGCAAUUUGUUAAAGUAUAUGUCCUUAGGAUGAAAAUAAUUGUAUCUGAAACCAACAUUGUUCUCAGUUGAAACUGUCUCAAGAUUUGUAUUAUAUUUUAUACAAUGAAUAUUCAUAAUAUUGACUCCUGAGUAUUUAGAAUUUAACAGUCUUUAUCAUCGAAAGUUGAACGGUGAAUAUUGUUUAUGACACACGUGUGUUUUAAUUUAGAUUAUAAUUUCAUGUUUGUUGACGCAAAGACAAUCCUGGAUAUGAAUGUUGAAGUGAAAUUAGAUUCAAUUAAGAAGGAAAGUAUAUAUUGUCGGAAGUUCGAGAAGUUUCUUUUCCAUUUCACGUGUACUUAAGGCAGUGUCUUCUCAAACUAAGAGCUUUAACCUGUUUAAAAAACCCCGUUUUAUCUGCAUGUUCAUUGAUCCGCCUACAGCUAUUUAAAGGUCACUGCAGGCCUUAAUCACAUCAUGCCUCUGUCCAGUGUCAUUAAAACCAUAGCCUGAAUAGAAAAGUUCUC